UCAUCUCCUUCUUCUCCGAAUAGAUUCCAUGGAUUCUCAUCCAAGCUCGCUUUGACCCCACGCCAUCGAAAGGAAGGAAGGAAGGAACCUUAGCGUUCCUUAUCUUCUCGCAUUUCUGAUCCAAACAACAACAAGAAGAAGAAGAUCAACUGUGUUCAAACUUCAAAGAUGCUAUGGAUGAUGCGGUUAUCAGGUUUUCUAUCAGCCGCAAUGGUUAUCAUAGUUCUUUCACCAUCUCUACAGUCUUUUCCACCUGCAGAAGCAAUCAGAUCAUCAAAUCUAGAUGGAAAUCUGCGUUUACUAACUCAAAAUUCACCAACAGAUAAGUUUUCCUUCAGAAAAUCAUCUCAAUUCCGUAAUGCUAAAGAAUGCAGCUCGUUACUAUUAGGAAGAAACGGAAACGGAAACAGUGUAUACGUAUGCGAUCCUUCCUUUGUUCACGUUGCGAUCACUUUAGAUGUGGAAUACCUCAGAGGCUCGAUUGCUGCUGUUCAUUCGAUUCUUCAACAUUCUCAAUGUCCAGAGAGUGUUUUCUUUCAUUUCAUUCUAUCAAAUACGGAUCUGGAAACCCUAGUUCGUUCUACUUUUCCACAGUUGAAGUUCAAGGUUUAUUACUUCGAUCCGGAUAUUGUUCGUAGCUUUAUUUCCACGUCAGUUAGACAAGCACUCGAACAACCGUUGAAUUACGCGAGAAAUUACUUGGCUGAUCUUCUAGAGCCUUGCGUCGAUAGAGUUAUAUAUCUUGAUUCGGAUCUCAUCGUCGUCGAUGAUAUCGCCAAGCUAUGGAGAACAAAAUUAGCAGGGAAGACAAUCGGUGCGCCGGAAUACUGUCACGCGAACUUCACAAAGUACUUCACGGCGAGGUUUUGGUCUGACAAGCGGUUUUCCGGUACUUUCUCCGGUAGAAACCCUUGCUAUUUCAAUACUGGUGUUAUGGUUAUUGAUCUUUAUAAAUGGAGGCGGUUUGGAUAUACAAAGAAGAUUGAGAAAUGGAUGGAUAUACAGAAGAAUGAGAGGAUUUAUGAACUUGGUUCUCUUCCUCCGUUUUUACUUGUUCUUGCUGGACAUGUUGCUCCGAUUGAACACCGAUGGAAUCAACACGGUUUGGGUGGUGAUAAUGUUAGAGGUAGCUGUAGAGAUUUACAUCCAGGUGCGGUGAGUUUACUUCAUUGGAGUGGUAGUGGUAAACCUUGGCUGAGAAUUGACUCGAAACAGGCAUGUCCUCUUGAUGCACUAUGGACACCUUAUGAUCUGUUUGCACAUUCAAUGUGAAUUGUUGUUUUAGGGUUCAUGUAUCUGAUAAAUUCCUCAUGUGAUUUUGCUCCUUCUUGUUCAUUUAUUAUUAUUGUUCAUUACCCUUUAGGCCAUUUGUAUUCUAUUCCAUAACCUUCAUCAUUGUUAUCAGUGAAUAAGAGAGAAAUAGAAAGAUUGUUACCAUUCUAAUUUGACCUAGU